GUCCGGUUGUAUUUUAAACGCAAUCGCAUCCCAGUGUAGACACCAUGUCUGGAAUUACAAUCCACCCCGUGAUCUGUCACUUUUAUAUAUAAACACGAGGGAGUGGAGUGGUUUCCAUAGAGAGGAAAUAUCACGGCCCACUUAGGAACAAUACAAGAAGAGAAGGAGCAGUGACCCCAGCAGAGACAGGAGUUCAAGGGGAUGUUUCUGGGGCAGACCUCCUGGUCCUGAAGCUGCCGCCUGCCUGCCUCGCUGAGUGUUUCGACUCCAGAGCGAAGGCCACUCACAGGGAGAGAUGCUGAAACCAGCCCACCUCCUGCUGUUGCUGCUGCUAUUCCCAGGGGCCCCCCGGCCGGGCCUCUCCCAGAGGCUGUACAGAGCCAAGUCCUUCUUCAGCUGUAUCAACACGGCCCUGUCGGAGGCCAGGAGGAGCUCGCUGGAGGAUGCACCACCACUGAGCAAGAGAGGCUUCCCCCACCUGCCCAGCCAAGACCCCUCCUCAGAAGAGGACGAGGAGAAGGAGGAGGAGGAAGAGGACAAGAAGAAGAGGACCCUCCCAGGCUCCGGGGGCAGCAGUGGAGCGGGAAGUGCCUGGUACAAAUACCUCCCCCCAGCUCAGCUCAAGGGCAGGCCGCACCAGGACAAGGCCAAGAGUGACCGGCGCACCAAGUUCACGCUGUCCCUUGACGUCCCCACGAAUAUCAUGAACAUCCUCUUCAACAUUGCCAAGGCCAAGAACCUGCAGGCCAAGGCAGCUGCCAACGCACUCCUGAUGGCACAGAUUGGGCGUAAGAAGUAGAAGCAGAG